AUGAAUGUCCACUUGGAGUCUGCUCCUAACAAGGCCCAGGGGCCUCUAUACUGCCAAGCCAUCUACAGGCACCUGUGGGCCUGCCAGUCACAAAGACCAGUGCCUCAGGUGAGCACCGACCCAAAGGAGCAGGAAACAGGAAAUGUGCGCGUCGGAGGGAGGCCGGGGCUCCGCAGCAUCCUGAGCGAGGGCGAGCCAGCUGAGAUGACCGCCCUGUGCAUUGCCCUGGUCUUGGCCCUGGGGCUCGCGUUCGGUCACUCCGACCAGGGCAAUGAUGAGGAGUUAGAACACUCAGGAUACAGCACCACCACGGAAGAGGAAAAGGUAGAAGAAGAGACAACAAGUGCUUUGGCUGUAGUGACCACAGAAGCAUUAACCACAGAUACAAAUUCUACAUAUACCACUGGGCCCCAAAGUCCAAUGGAGUUUGUGUUAAUGGUGGUGGUCCCACUGGCUGCGCUGGUCAUUCUUUUAUCCGUGGUUCUCCUUGCAAUCUACCUUAAAAGCAAGAGACCUAAACAAGAGCCUUCUAGCCAAGGAUCUCAAAGUGUCUUGCAGACAUAUGAACCAGUUGGUGAAAACCUGAAAGUCCCUAUUUUUGAAGAGGACACACCCUCUGUUAUGGAAAUAGAGAUGGAAGAGCUUGAUAAAUGGAUGAACAGCAUGAAUAGAAACGCCAACUAUGAAUGUUUACCUACUUUGAAGGAAGAAAAGGAGCCAAACCUCAGCCCGAGUGGGUAUCCCCUCCUUGCUGCCUUCUCCUCACUCAUGCUGAUCACCCUGAAGUCACCGUCACUGGUGUGCUUCACCCCCGAGGGCUUGAAUCAGGAAGCUGAUCUUCUUCUGGGUCAUCUCACUCCCUAA